AUGACUGUUUCGUACAAUCUCGAUGUUUCCCAAUCGAGUUCUCUUGCCUUUGUACGUCUUCUCUUCCGAUGGAAAGGAUCUGUAUGGAGAUCUGUUUACAAAGAAUUAUUGAUUUGGUUGAUAAUGUACUAUAUUGUUUUCUUCAUUUAUCGAUACGCCUUGAACGAUCAACAGCAGGAGGUGUUUAGUAGGAUUGCUGAGGGUAGUGAUAAGGAGCUCAGCUAUAUUCCUCUAACUUUCUUAUUGGGUUUCUUUGUCUCCAUAGUAAUUGACCGCUGGAGACAAAUUUUUAAUAAUAUUGGAUUUAUUGAGAAUAAUGCAUUAACUAUAUCUUAUAUAAUCAGAGGAUCAGACGAGGAAACAGUGAAAAUUCGCAGAAGUUUAAUACGCUAUCUUGUACUAGCACAGGUUUUGGUUUUCCGCAACAUCUCCAUGAAAGUUCGGCGCAGAUUUCCUACUAUGGAAUCUAUAAUUCGUCAAGGGUUCAUGACGGUGGAAGAGCGAGACCUUCUGAUUUCCAUAGAAACUCCUUACAACAAGUAUUGGGUUCCCAUUCAAUGGGCUAUGAAUGCUGUUUUAGAUAAAGUAGAUAAAGACAAAAUAGCUGCAACUUAUCACAACAUUGUGGCAAACGAAUUCAAACUAUUCCGAACAAACUUAUCAAUGUUGGCUAAUUUCGAUUGGGUCCCAAUUCCUCUUGCUUACCCCCAGGUUGUCUUUCUGGCUGUUCGGUUCCACUUCUUAGUGUGCGUAGUAUCUCGUCAAUUCAUUCUUCCGAAACAAGGAGAAGAUAAGACUGGAGUUGAUUUAUUUGUGCCAGUCAUGACAAUAGUUCAAUUCAUACUCCUGAUGGGCUGGAUGAAGAUUGCAGAAGCUCUUCUGAAUCCAUUAGGUGAAGAUGACGACGAUUUUGAAUGCAAUUUCCUUAUUGAUAAGAAUUUAAUUACUGGCCUGACCAUUGUAGACAAGGCGAGUGAUAUCAAACCACCGAUCAUUAAAGAUAAAUUUAUGGAUCCAAGAUUUUUCCGACCCAGGCGUGGAAAUUUGGUGAAAGGUUCUGCAGCAGCAGUGGUGCUUCGAGAUUCUGAAGGAAAUGAGGGUUCAUGCGAAGAGGCAGACUCUAAUAAAGAUUUGCUGAAAACUAAGAGAGAGCGAUUGCGUGAAAGACUUGGAACAAUAUUCAGUAUCAGCAGCCAGGAACACGAGUUCACUCGUACAGGUUCAUAUAAUCGAGGGUACUUCGCGCAAAUGUCUCAGAUCUCCCGCUAUUAA